GCCGAGGGCGCGCGUUCCGGGAAGCUCUGGAAUUCGAAGUUGCAGCUUCCCGAGUCCGGGGGGCUUCCUAUCGAGCAAUUGGAAGGGAUCGGGCCGCUUUACUCCGAGGACCUGAUCGCUGUGAGUGAGUCAUAUGCUCCAGGUGCUGCCUCUUGCGUGGAUGGCUCCCACAUGCGCAAUUUUUUCCUUGUGCAGCCAGAGCUCUCCGCAGCGUGCGCCACGUUCCACGCGACUGUGCGCGCGGGGCUCACGCCCCACCAGACCCAGGCCAUCAUCGCCCUGCCCCUUGCGAAGCCCGCGGGACGGUGUAGGCCCAUCGGCCUUUUCUUUGUUUUUUACAGACUGCGGGCUCGCGCCCGGAGACCUUGCGCUCAGCGCUGGGAAGCCGGGAAUCAGAGAACGCACCUCGCC